AUGGCUGCCCCGACCCAGGUGUUGCCCUCGUGGCUCACGCUCUCCACCACCCUCGUCACCCUCACGGACGGCAGCGUCUUGACGUCCUCCAGGCUCCUCACGUUGCCGCUCACGUACUACGGUCCGAGUAUCCCACUGGGCACUGAUGGAGUUUGGACGUACGGUGGCUUAACUUCACCAGCAUCGACAAGCACCACUCCCUCUGCGACGGCUACGCCGACGCCAUCAAGCUCUCUCGUCACGUCCGCUAUCACCACCGCACCCUCCGCCUCUACCUCAUUAUCAUCCACCCCUACCAUAUCCUCCGCCUCUACAGCGUCGGCGUCAACGACCAGCACCUCAUCGGCACCUGCAGCAUCAAGCAGUGCAGCAAUAGCAGGAGCUGCCCACGGGAUCUCACCAGCCACUCUAGGCGCGAUCCUCGGCAGCGUCCUUGGCACGUUGCUGCUUCUAGUCCUCAUCGCCAUCAUAUUCCUCCUCCGCCAGAACAGACGCCGACAUGAUGCGGCCCCCAACGGGCACCCGUCCUCCAGCUUCUGGAACCGACAGACGACGCUGCUGUCGCUGCUAUCUCGCGGUGGCCCGCGAAACACGCCUAUCUGGACAGGCUGGGAGAUGGUCGAUCCUGAUGAGGGACCGGAGGGCGGACGGCGCAGCCCUGGCGAGGGCUCUCCGCGCGGCAGCGGCGAGGAAGAGGACCCAUUCCUGACCCGUCGCAGUGCCCGCAGCGGCGGAACGGACAUGGCGCAGACGCGCACGGACACGGACACCCUCGUGAGCCUUCCCGCCGCCGCGCGGACAGGUUCUAUUUCGACACAUCACUCGGUGCGGAAGCCAGGCGGGCACAUCAUCUCCCCUGAGGAGCAGCUGCGGCUCGAAGAGCAGUUCGCUGAUGCCCCGCCCUACGCAAGCAUCCGCGUCGUUGCGCCCAGUACGUCCAGCGAGCAGGAGGCCCCGCUCAUCCCCCCGCCGCCGUUGAACUACGACAACAACCGGGGUAAUGCCUCGCACCGGGUCUCCGUCCACCCCUCUCUCCGCUCGCAAAAGUCGAGAGAGGCGCGCUCUCUCACGUCUGAGAAGUCGCUCGGCAGCAUCGGCACGGAUCCCCAGGAGGAGGGCGCAGAGCUUCUCACCGCCCGCCGCGUCAAGGUCAGUCGGAUUAACCCCCCAGCAGACAAUGGCGCAGGCAGUUCAAGCAUGGCAGCCCCGAGUACGCUCGCACUGGACCGUCUGGCAAACCUUGGGCGACUCAGCUGGUUCAAGCGCAUGUCUUUCCUUGGUGCUACUCCCACAGGCUCGCGGCCAUUGUCGUAUGCUGAUCCAGACACCGCUGCUGCUGCUACGUCUGACCCGUACACGCGCACCCCUCCCCGCCACUCCCGCAACGGCUCGCAUUCGGGAACCGGCUCACGGUCACGCCCCGGUUCCUUCGCGCGUGCGUCUCCGCUCGAGCCCGCCGCCGCAGACAGCCUGGGUAGACGACUCAGACAAGAUUCCGGCCUUGGGUUCGGCACGAACGACGAACGGCCUAUCUCGUCCGUCAGCGCACGGAGUGCGACGAGCGGGAACACGGUAUUCUAUGACGCGCAGUCGAGGCCCGCGAGCUCAAUGGGCACGCGUUCCUCCGCGGGAACCCCGGUCUCUGGCUCAAUGGCCGUCCCCCCUGUGCCGCCCGUCCCGCAGCAGCACCUGCACCCGUCCCCGCUCGCACACGAGGUCCCACGCUCAUCGUCUUCCCCCGAAGUACGGUACGCCGAGGUCCCGAGUGCGCCGCCAGCGUACGAGGAGGUGCCCGCCGCCUCGCAGGCUCAUCCGGAGGACGACUACACUGAGGUGGACGUGCUGGACAUCCCCGCUCCCAGGCCGGCGUCGCCGUUCAGCGCGGCGUCGUCGCGGCCGACGUUCCCUCCUGGUCUCGUCCCGCUCCCCACACCGAGGGUGUGGCGCGACUCGCAUGCGAGCAGCUCGCCGAGCCCUGCGACAGACAGCACUUCGCACGUCGGGAUUGACAUUCUCGAGGAUGAGCCUCCCUCUGCAGACAACGGAUGGCGCAGUCUCGCUGGAGGCUUCAGGCCGAGCGAUGGCAGGAGGACGACCUUCGGCGUACCUAUGGUCGUCCAUCCCCGGGAUGCCCUUCACUCUGAGCGCGGAUCGCUCCACUCGAUGCGCUCGCACCUGAGCCCCAACUCGUCCAUGAGUCCAGCCGGCUCUGCGCCUGCGUCAACUCGUCAUACCAUGACGGGCUCCGGCUCGUCCCGCCCCUCAGACUCCUCCCACUCGCGCGGUCCUACAGGGAGCAGUGGCGGCUCUCUUGCCCACACCAACUCGAUUUCCUCCGAAGACCGCCGCCGGCGUCGCGCCGAGGUCGGUGAGGUCACCGAGCCGCCCAUCUCCGCUGUCUUCCCGGGGCGCGGAUUCCCCAGUUCCCCUCCGCCUCCCGCACAUACCCACGGGGAGGACGCGAUGGGCUACCCGCCUGCGUACCCCUCCGACGCGCCGUUGCCAAUGCUGAUGCGCUCUCUCCCUGCGACCGUGUCGGGCACGAUGACAUCGACGGGGACGAGGGGAACGGCCAAUACGGAGGACACCCUGACGGACGAGAGUGUGACGACGGCGCAGACGGACCCCAUUACGGGCGCGGUGAUGCACUUCCCGCGGCUGCCGUGGCGGAACACGAUGGGCCAAAACCAGGCGUGGUCCGAUGGACGUGUGCGCGAGGACGCCCCAUGGUAGAGACUCGUCCGCCCCCUUGUUCCUUGCUGCUUCGUGAUACCCGGACCGUGUUGACCGUGCUAGAGCGGACGACGCUUGCUCGCACUGUGGACUUGCCGUGAUGCUUUCAUUUUCCGCCGCUCCUCAUCCAUCUAGAGCGGCCGCCGACGCCAGGUCGGCGGUUGGUGCCCCUUGCUUCCUUUGCUUUUGCAUUUGCCUGCUGCUUGCGUUUUGCCAUCAGUUAUUCCCUACACUUCCGCCUCCCACUCUGCUGUUCCCUUGCCCUUACUCCUUCCGCCCCGCCCGCCCUACCCGCCCCUUCCUCUUCUCCUUCCUUGCGACACCCCCCGCGGGCGGGGCAUACCCCUUGUGCUACCCCCUCCCUCUACCUUACCCCCCCUCCGCGACACCCCUCCUGCGACGCCCCACACUCUACACUCCUAUCC